AGCGGAAGAAUGGAGCAAACGGGGACAGAAAAUGGCGUGGCAGCCAUGGCAGCCUGUUACCAGCGUUUUGACCCGGCGGCAUAUCUACAAUACAACUACACGCCACCGCGGGCCGAUUUUGAUCGGAAAGACAGCAUUGUGCCGUGGAAACUGGCGUGUCUGCAUAGAGCCUUCACUGAAGGUGACAUGAGCGGCGAGCUGCUGGUGGACAUCGGCUCGGGACCCACCCUGUACCAAGUCCUGAGCGGUUGCGAGGUGUUCAACGAGGUGGUUCUUACCGACUUCCUGGAGGCCAACCGAAAGGAGCUGAGGCGCUGGCUGCAGGGUGACGAGACCUGCAGCCUGGACUGGACGCCUUAUCUGCAGCACGUCUGCAAGCUGGAGGGGCGACGUGCCUCGGCAUGGACAGAGAAGGCGGCCAAGCUCCGGCAGGCGAUCACCGACAUCCUCCCCAUCGAUGUGCACCGUCCCCAGCCUCUGGACCCUCGCGUCCUCCCCUCGGCAGGGGCCGACUGCCUGGUGUCCUGCUUCUGCCUGGAGAGCGUCAGCCCUGACCUGGCCGCCUUCACCAGGGCCCUGGGCCACAUCGGGAAGUUGCUCCGGCCCGGCGGCCACCUACUGCUCAUCGGAGCCCUGGGGGAGAGCUUCUACUUUGGGGGCCCCGGGGUGAAGAUCCCCGUAGUGCCACUAGGCGAGGCGGAGGUGUGCACCAGUUUGAAGGAGACCGGCUACACCCUAAUCCGGCUGGAAGUUUACACGCUGCCACAGGACAUGAGAGUGGGGGUGGAUGAUGUGACUGGGGUGUUUUUUGCAAAAGCGAAGAAGGAUUGAAAGAUGAUGAGUGUGUCCAAAAUGUGCUUUUCAACUGCAUUCUACGUGCCUUUGCUGAA